AUGGCCCAAGGCGCAAUAAAACCGUCCACCAAGGCCAAGGCCCCCAAGGCAACACACUCCAAGAAACAAGCAUCCAAAGUCACCAAGCCUCAGAAGUCAAGGACAAGCCUCGAGAAGGCGCACAAGAAGUUCUCCGCCGGGCUGACAGCCAAGACGGAGGCGUUGCUGGGCGAAAGAGCGGGACACCUCGAGUUGAUUGGGAAGGGCAAGAAAGGCAAGGACAAGAGGGUGUCCAUCAAGGGCGGGUCAAAGAAGUUUGGCUGA